GUCAAUCAUUGGUCACAACGCAGGAGCCUCUCAUAGAACAAGUUAUGCUGGAGAACUGCAAAGCCACAGGUGCAGUCCACUGCAGAGACUGGCCCUCUGAACCAAGCUGUUGGUCAACCAAAUAGAUGAGUUGAUAACUACUAAGGUAAAUAAAACUAAGUAAAAGAUUAAUCUGCAGUAAUAUUUAUUCUGGACCUUGAGAGGAGACCAUAGUGCUGAGGAGACCAGAGUGGUGGAGCUGUUAGAGUCAUGGUGAGUGGGAAGAGGCUGGCCCGGGGGUCCCUGCUGCCCUCCUUGUUGGAGGACGGUGAUGAGGAGACAGAGUGGGAGAGAGAAGAGCUAGGAGGAGUGGGUGAAAGGCCCCCCAGCAGGGCUCCGAAGCUCCUCAGCAGAGACGGUGUGGACGACCAGGUAGGCCUUAAGAUUAUUAUCUGCUGGCUUCAUAUUUGGGUACGAGUGGUGAUCAAACAGUCUCUUUUUCUUGGGGUGGGGGGGUGUACUCUACAGGGUACGAAAGCGCUGGCGGUUCCCUUGGUAACCAACACUUCCAUCCAGAAGCUGAACAUGCGAGAUAAUGGGAUGGAGGGGAUGGGCGGAGUCGCCGUGGCCGAGAUGCUAAAAGAAAAUUGUUAUGUUACAGAGGUGGACCUGUCAGACAACCGGCUGGAGGAGCGUGGCGGGCGCGCGUUGGGCGGCAUGCUCCAAGAGAACACCACCUUGGUACGCCUGGGUCUGUCAGGGAACCUCCUGGGCCAGUGGGGGGCCCAGCACCUGUGCCGAGCUCUCACCACCAACACCAAGCUGCAGAACCUGGACCUCAGCCACAAUGGCCUGGGGGAACACGCAGGGGAGAGCUUAGGGGAGUGUCUGUCUGAGAACACCGGCUUGCGAUGGCUCGGUCUGGCGUGGAACUCCAUCAGAGGGAGAGGAGGAGUGAUGCUGGCCAGGGGCCUCGGGGCAAACAUAUUUCUCAGAGCAUUAGAUUUGUCUUUCAAUGGCUUGGGGAAGGAAGGAGCCAUUGCUCUGGGAGAGGCACUCAAAGAGAACAACACUCUGGAAGAAUUGAACAUAAGCAACAACCGUGUACCUCUUGAAGGAGCGAUCCAUCUUGCUCUGGGCCUCCGAGUCAACAAAACGCUGAAAUCUCUCAAUAUGGGACGGAACCCCAUUCAGAAUGCUGGUUGCUAUGGAUUCAUGAAGUCUUUACAGGGAAACCCACAAUCCGGAUUAGAGACCUUGGAUUUUGCUGACAUGACUGUUAACCAGGAUUUUGAAGAUUUGUAUACAAUAGUUAAAGAGACCAUCCCUAUGCUUGUUGUUAAACAUGGAGGCAAAAUAGACACAUUCAGAACAAAGAAAGCUGGAAAACCUUAAUGUUACAGUCAAACUAUAGGGUUAAACAAAAUGUAGUCUACAUUUCAUUGUCCUUGGUGGUACAAAAUAGGCUUAUUGUAACAUUGCUGUAGUUUUAACAUAAUGAAAAAUACAAUAAAUGAAUUGGUACUGCACCUGAUGUUGUCUUACUCCAGUUUGCAUAUUGUCAAUAAAGAUACCAAAAAAAGAA